CUUUUGUUUCCUUUUUCUUUUCUUUUUUUCUUUUUUUCUUUUUUUUCUUUGUUUGACCUUAAUUCUUUUUUUCAUAUCACUGUUCUUAACUUGUUAUCAUGAAAUCAACUAUGAAAACUACUGAUAGUUUAGUCUAUUUGGACGAUUAUAUUGACACCAUUGAAUCUCUACCACUAGAACUUCAACGAAAUUUUACCUUGUUACGGGAACUAGAUGGUUAUGCACAAGAAUUGAUAGAUUCCACAGCCAAUGAAGCCAUACAAUUGAUCGACCAUAUACAAGAUUUGAACACAGAAACACGAUUGGAACGACUCAAAAACUUUGCUGUAUUACUGAACGAAUCGUUAAAACGAGGUGAAGAAAAGGUAGCCCUAGCGAAAUCAACAUUUGAUUCUGUGGAGCGUCAUUGUAAUCGACUGGAUGCCAAUUUAGUCAAGUUUGAAGAUGAAUACAACGGCUGGACCGAUCGCAUCACAAGUUUACCCGGUAUGGCUCCUUCAUCUCGUUUCUUAAAGGAGAAUAUCGAGUCAAAGGAUAGAGCUUUGAGUCAUUUUAGAAGACAAGAACGAAAGGAUAAAGGCGAAAAACGAGAUCCUAAUUCAAAAAAACGCAAAAUCAAAGAAACAGGUACUCCACCUCCCGGUUCUUCAAAACAACAUGUUACCAAGGAAUCAAAAUCAAAAUCAAAUAGUGAUAAGGAUAAAGUAAAAACACCAGGAAAGCAUGGCAAUUCAAAAGGAAAAACUGUUAUUCCAGCUGACCUUACGAUUGAUCCCAAUGAACCACUCUAUUGUUAUUGUCAACAAGUUUCUUUUGGUGAAAUGGUUGGAUGUGAUAAUAACGAUUGCGAUCUCGAAUGGUUCCAUUUGGCAUGUGUGGAUCUGAAGACUGUACCCAAAGGUAAAUGGUACUGUUAUACUUGUUUAUCCAAGAUGAAAGGACGAAAUGGACGAAAAUAGUUAUAAUAUAGAUAUCACUUGUACGUAUUUUUUUUUUUUUUUUGUAU